AGCAAACGAAGGAGCAGCAUCCAGUAACCAUCCCCACCAUGAUGCAGUUGCAGCCGUCGAAAGCACUGAGCAUAUUCUGUGCCCUCGCAUUCCUUGUGCUCUGCGUGGAAUCUAUGCGGCUUUGUGGACGGGAUCUGCCCGAGGCACUCAAUGAAAUUUGCCCCAAUGGUCUCAACCCCAUGUUCAAGCGGUCGCAUGUGGAGGACAAUGAGAUCGAUGACAAUUCUGGCGUCCUGAGCAUAUUGGGUGAUCAAUUGCUAUUGGAACGCAUGCUGGGCGAAAGUGCGGCCCAGCUGAUGAAGACACGACGACGACGUUUUGGUGUCUCCGAUGAGUGUUGUCUCAAGGCCUGCACCUUCCAAGAACUCAAAUCCUACUGCCGUUAAAUCAGUGGAAUUGUUGGUGUUUAGGUCGUGUGUAGUUCGAAUUACAGAACUAUUCAAUGGAACACUAACUGACUCCUCUUCUCAGAUGUGCUCAUACUUAUUAUUAAUUGUUAAAUCUUAGAUAAUGGUUGAUCAAGGCGCGAUCGCUAAACGUGAACUGUAUGUGAAUUUUCAAAUGCAAGAAUUAUUGAAAAAAUGCAAAAAAAAACCCAUGCAAAAAAAAGUGGAAAGAAAUGUAUUAUAAUACUCUAUAUUGUGCAAAUGUUUAUGUGAAAUAAAUUAUAUAAGUUAAUUGCUGCAGAACCUAUACAAAUCGGUACUAGUUAUACAAUAAAAUAAAA